UAUGCGAAUCGGGAAGCAUUUCUUCCCUGGCUUGAUCCCUCAGACUGUUGGGUAUAAUAAUAAAUUAAAUUAUUUAGUUUAAUUUGACUUUUUCAAACUAGCAUUUCAUUUCCAUCUUCUUCCAUUUACAAACUGUUAAUAUAUGUUUUUAUGUUUUCAAAAAAAUGGAUAAAGGGAUUGGAAAUAACGAAGAUUCCAGUGUCUGAAAAUUCGUGAAGACUAAGGUUCUCCUCUGCUCCGCUCCGAAUCUGUGUCGGACAUUUCUUUCUAGACAAGCCAAAGAAAAUAGCAUGUCACUUUCAGGAUGCGGCAUCGACGAGGCAGAGACUAAAAAUACCAAACUUGCGAACAGGGGGAGUCCGUCUCUUUCUUUAUAAAGGUAAAGAUGGGGUUUUUGAUCCCAAUGGAUGGCUAGGAUGUGAUCAAAUGCUCUUUUCAGCGUAGCUUUGAUUUGAGAGCAGAACAGGACGGAACAGGGGAUCCUUGAAUCUUCUCGUAAUUUGGUUCUCUGUCUGUCGGUUUCUUUGGAAAAAAAAGGAAAGAUUGGAGUUGACCCCACUUUUGUUCUGCUACAGCCUGUGUGUGUAUAUAAACCCUUCUGCCCUCUCCCCUGCUUCUCCUCUGCACUUCAGCUCUUGAACCCUCCAUUUGUUUGCUCUGUUUCCUCCAGGCCAUCCACUUCCAUGGAGACAGUUGAGUUGAAAGUGGAGAUGGUCGGAAUCCACGAGAAGAGGCUGAGAAAGAGCUUGGCGAAGUUGAAAGGGGUGGAGAAGGUGGAGAAGGUGGAGGUGGGCGCAGGCACCCAGAAGGUGGCGGUGAGGAGCUACAUUCACCGGAACAAGAUACUGAAAGCGAUUAGAAGGGGUGGGCUGAAAGCCGACUUCUGGUCCGCCCAAAACGAGCUCCUUAAUGCUUACGCCACCACUUACGGAGCCUUCAGGUUCUGUUUUGCCUCUCUUUUCUAAUUCAUUUUUUGGUUGUAGGAGCAUCACACCAAACACACUUGUAUGGAUUCUUAGUUUUAUAUCAACC